UCCAGAAAAAUUACCAAAAGGCCACUAUCUCAACCCUCUCCCCGGCCCUACCCUUUCGUCUUCCUCUACCCGUUGCCCCUGCUCGCCGUCAGCCCGAGUCCGCCGCUCUCGUCGUCAUCCCGUCUCCGCCGUUAACUCGACUCCGCCACCUCCCGCUUCUUCUUCUUCCUCCCCUUUGCCUCGAGCUUUACUGAAGCGUGCUCACUCAUGAUACACAAGCCGCCGCCUCCCCCAGCUGCUCCUCCCCCUUCGUCCUCACCGGCUCCUCCCCGUCGCCGCCUCCUACUAGUUGCCAUCUCUGCCAGUUCCUGCCCGUGUCCGCCCUCCGCCGCCUCCUGCUCGCAAAGUGCUUUCGUUUAAGCACGGGUCUCGGAGCGGUUGGUGUCAUCCGAUUUUUUUUUUUAAGGAACCGACCCGACUUGUCCCAUGGCCACUCCCUGUGAGUCGGCGCCGAGAGGUCAAAACCCCGGAAGGAGGUUUUAGCUGAGUCGGCGAAACUCACAAUAGUCAAGAACUUCCCUCGACCAACAAUGGAAGAUGCCCAGCCGCAAUCCCCGAGACGCGGUUUUCUUCCUCGCCGGAGGUCUCCCCUGAAGAGCCAAACCUACAGAACCCUCUCCCGGAUCCUCUCCCUGUUCGACGACCAGAACCAACCCCCUCGUGUCGUUAAGUUCGUCCCCUAUCAGCUGCCCCCAGGGUCCCUUACCCUCGAUGAUUUUGUCCUCAAUGAUGCUACUGAAAAUACCGAGCAUGGAACCUGUGAUGAGGGUAAGAUGGGAGACGCAGAUGUCGAGAAGAAGGAUAAUUUUUACGAAGAGAAAGGUGGAGCUGUCGAAGAGAGCUUUGGGUUGUCAGAAAGAGGGCCUAAUGACACUCAAAUGGCACUUAGUAGGAUAGCUGAUCUAAUGAGUAUGAAUGAGGAAGAACCUGGAGAUCUGUCAAAGCAAAAGGAAAAUAAUGCCGAGAGGACCACUGAUGUGGUAAGUUUGGAAGAUAAUGCUUCCAAUCGGGAGCAAAUGAUUGUAGAUGAGUUCAAGUCCAUUGUGGACAGAGAUUUUGGACCUGUUCAAGAUGAUAGUAGCAUUGAAAAUAACGCGGUAUGUUUAGAUAAGACCCCUUGUGGUGAUGGCACUGUUGAGCUGGAGAGACAACACGAAGAGCAGUCUGGUUAUAAACAGAAUGUCGUGAAUGAAUUCAAAGAAGUGGCUCUGAUGCUACAAGAUGGAGAACACUUGGGUCAAAAAGGUUCUGAGGACUUGUGCUCGUCUCCUAGCAAUAAUGCGUUGGCUCCUCAACCCAAAGAGAGUGAAGUAAUUGAGAGUUCAUUUCCAAGGGACAACAUGUUGGGUGCAGAUAUAGCAGUACAGCACAACGAUUCUGUAGCUUCUGGUGAUACUCUGUUGGCUCCCAUUCCAAUGGUUGUGGAUGAUCAAAUGGAGGAAGGAGAACUUUCUGAUAGCUUUGAAACUGAAGUUCCAGCUCCUGCGCAUUCAGAGAAUUCUCAGGUGCCAGAUGAAAAGCUUGGCAACAGGCAAGUAUCUGAAGCAAUUGUCCAAGGGGUUGAUGCAUCUGCCUAUUCCUUGGGCAUAAAAUCUAAUACUAAUGAUCACAGAGAAGGGUGUGUCAAGGAAACUGAUGGGGGCAAUGUUGGUACUAAAGAUGAUUUGGAUUCUUGUGAAAACGCAAGAUGUCUAGAGGCCCAAGGAGUUGAUAGGCGUGAUAAUUUCAUUGAAGAUGGAAAAAAUGAACCGCAGCAGCCAGCAGCAAAGGAAGGUGCUGGGAUGCCAGCAACACGUUCCAAUGAUCUAGUAUUUUAUGGAGACAUUUUAGAGGAAAAGGAAAUUGCAGAUGAAGGGUUUACUCCUGAGAAGCAGGACAUUGAUGUCCCCAAGAAAAGGAAACGGGGUCCUUGCUCUCAAGAGCGUAAAGAAAAGAAGAAGAAAAAAGAAAGAAAGAAGAGAGCCAUGAAGAACAAAGAGCUUGGUGUGAAAAGGUUGAAAUUGCAGCCAGUACAGAUGCCGAAAAAGAUACCACUCUGCCGCCAUUAUAUCCAUGGAAGGUGCCAGGAGGGAGAGAAAUGCAAGUUUUCACAUGAUACAGUGCCUAUCACAAAGUCCACGCCUUGUUGUUACUUUGCACGCCGUUCGUGCAUGAAAGGAGACAACUGUCCAUUCGAUCAUCAGCUCUCUAACUAUCCUUGUACCAAAUUUGCGUCGGAAGGCUUUUGCAGCAGAGGUGACAGCUGCCUGUUUUCACACAAGGUUCUACCAAAGGACUCCACUUCUGCUAAGAUGAACGCUUCGGGACCCGAAUCAAGGCCUCCGUCUAAGACCAAUGAUGCGAGUACCAUAAAAAGACCAGAUAUAAAUAGUCCCUCUGGUAGAGCUGCUGGUGCAGUAUUGGAAAAUCUUGGAAUUUCUUUCAAGAGCAUGGACCAGAUUAUAGCAAGCUCUCUCGGAAAAGCACAAGUUCAGAAAUCCAAUAUUGGUUCCCAUCCUGUAAAGGAUCUAACAGUAACUCCUGCCAUAAAGUCAGGACAGAGCAACUCAUCUUUGAAAGGGAGGGACGAAGGCAGACUGAAAAAUCAGGCAAAAGAGAGUUCCUCAACAGGCAUGGUGGAGGAGACUAAUGAGAGUAUGAAGACUUCACCAUCGGUGGCAUCGAGAGGAAUAAAUUUUCUAUCUUUUGCUAGGUCUUCAUCCAACAAUGCCAAUACUGGACUUCCAAAAUCAGGCAAUACAAUUACAGAUAAGCAAGUUAAAGCUGAUAAUCAGACCCUGCAAAAUGGGUUGGAAAAGGUUUUUGGGUCACACAAAACACCGGCAAGAGCUCAGGUGAUGGGAUCUGAGGAACUUAAUAAUAUCGUUUCUGUGAAGAUUCCACAGAAUGAUGCCGGUACUAGGAAAGAUGCUACUUCUCCCAGGACAGGUGAUAGAUCCACUCAAGGGGAGCAAAUGAAUAAGCUUCAGAACUCAAGUGUCAAGGCUUGUAACAUGCCAACUUUUCCAGUGAUUACUCGUCAACGAGCAGAGAGCUCGACUCCUUCGCCUUACAAGAGCAUGUCUAACUCGACUCAGAAGGUGCUGUCUUCAACCCUAGCAUUUGCAGCAAGGUGUGAGAAGGAGAUGAUGAUGAAGAGUCGCUCUUCUGGAGAUCAUGCUACCUGUUCUUCGACCAGUAAGGAAACAGCCAAUGGAGCCAACUGCAAUGACACUGCGAGAGCUCAAAAGAUUUUGGAUUUCCUGUCCAGCAUCGGCAAGAAAAAGUAGCAGAGAUCUGAUUUUGCUAAAUGUUGAAGGAAGGGGACAUGGUUUUUUCCUCUUCAGUGUAUAUUUAUUAUGAUGUAGGAAGAAGCAACUCGUAAUCUGAUGUCAGUCACUUUUGAUCAAGGCUGACCCCAAUGUUCUAUCAGAGGAGGCCGAUGGUCUUGGUCAUCACUCUUGCAAGAAUAGCGGAUGGUUUUGUUCUAAGAUUCAAGUCGGGUGAAAUGCUUUUGCUUUAGUCACCUUUUACGGGUUUAUCAUUUAAAGAAGCUGACGUUGCUUGGAGAAGCUGCCAAUCUACUGCAAUUGCUGUUGCAGGUUGAUCUCCGUGGCGCACGCACGCGUGUGAUUUUUUCUGCAUUUCAUGAGUACUCCCUGCAGAAAGUUGUAUUGAGAUUCUGAGCACUGACGCGAUCGUUCAUGAUCCUGCACUUGCAACGUUGAGGGAAUACGGGAUCGUGUCUUGAGGCGACAAGUGCGCACUCUUAUCAGGUCGAUUAGAGGCUUUGGGAGAUUGAGUAAUUGUUGGACCAGGCCUAAUGCUUUCAGUUUGACUGAUAAUGUGCUGUGCAUGGUCAUUGAUAUCAUCAAAUUGGUGAAUGUAGCAGUUGGACAAGAAGAGAGGAGAGCCAUGGCAGGGUACGCAGCGGCGGAUAUAAAACAGUCGGCAGGGGAUCUUUUCUGGAUGAAUCGCAGAGGAUCAAAUCAAAGCUAGCAAAUGUCCGGAAUAAUGCGACGACAAACCAAGGGGAAUUAUAUCUUUAUCCUUCCUUAGGGGGAAUUAACGGCGGAGGGCGGUGGGUUCGUGGGUUUUUUCCCCGCCGGGUGCCUAAUGAAGACAAAACAAAACACCUUUUCGGAAGAAAUCGAUAAUUCAUCGGAACGCGGUAAAAGUUGUUUCGGCUCGUGUUGUGCGUGGGUCUGUGUGAUUAUAACGGUGGAGACAUGUAUAUCCCGUCCAUAUUCAUGUAUGGAUUAAUUUCGAUAUAUUUAUAUGUAUUUAAAGUAGGCUAUUCAAGUCUGUGCAAUGAGGAGUUUCCGUUCGCGUGAUGUGAGUCUAUCAUGUAAGAUUCUAGAGCAAUUUCUCAACUCAUGAUUGAGUAUUUUUUCAUUUA